AUUAAGUGUUAUGAGAGACGAGUGUUAACUCCGGCAAAGGUAGUGUUUUUAUUUUUUCCUCAAAUUCACGCAGUAAACCCUAAACUUUCUCUGUGCCGCCGCUCCAGUUGUCUUCUCCGGCCAACCCUCGUCUCCGGCUCUCUACCCUUUAUCAGUGUAUUUUGGCUUCAGGCUAAAUAUAUAAAGGAAUUUCUUUGAAGUAUUUGUAACUAGCAAGACUAGGUUCUUUGGGAUGUCUCCUGCUCAACCAUUAAUGAAUAUUGGAGGAGCAAACCGUAAACCAAAUAUUUUUGCACCUGAAAAGAGAAAUAAGGGUUUGGCAGCAAGAUUAGCUAUGAAGGGCAUAGGUUGCAGUAGUAAUUGUGAGGACAAUAUGAUUGGAUUUGAAGAUUUUAUCAAUAGCCAAAAUAAGGCGGCUGCCAGGGAGGUAGAGGUUGACAUAACUGAAUGGAAAAAUAAUUCUGACAUGAGAUUAGCUGAGAGAGAUGACCCUGAUGCUACUGAAUAUUCAAGCUCAUUUCAAGACACUGCUUCUGAAGCUGACAAUUGUUCCGGGUUCAGUGAAGGCGAAGUGGAAUCACAAUUUUUCGGAGAUAAUGGAUUUGGAUCUUCAUUUAAUGCAUUUAGUAGCGUAUUUCAUAUGAGGAAGAAGAAAUUGACAAAUCAUUGGAGGAGCUUCAUACGCCCUGUGAUGUGGCGUUGCAAAUGGACGGAAUUAAGGAUCAAAGAAAUUGAUUCUCAAGUGUCAAAGUAUGCAAGAGAUCUUGCAGCAUAUGAUGAGGGUAAACAUUUGGGAUCAGAACAAAUUACGACGACAGAUGGGUUUUGUUCAAAGUCAUUGCCAUAUUCGCGUCCAUAUGGCAGAAGAAAGGCUAUGAAGAGGAGGAAGCGGAAGAAAGUUGAAGACACUGAUGCAACAUCAUACAUGUCACAACAUAAUCUUUUCUCUUAUCUUGAAAAUAAGAGGUCAGAUCCUGAUAGCAGCUCUUUGGCUGAAGAAUUCGGUAAUGCAGUGACCACUGAGCAGAAUGUUGAUUGCAAUGACAAACUUGGUACCAGUGAUGAUUGGGCAUCGUUUGAGUUCAGAGAUAGUGAUGCUUCCAUGGAGCAAGUUCUUUCUAAUAUUGAGAAAGUGCACGCUUGGGUUCAGAAGUUGAAGGGUCAAAUAGACACGGUGAUGUCCAAGAAUGCUCCUAAGUUCUCUUCAUCAGAGAACUUGAGUCUUCUUGCACCUUUAGAUGUUCAGACCAGCUCAGCUCACAGUCCUGCAUUUUCUACUGGCAAUGCAGAUGCAGUAUCUGCUGGGCCUAUGUACACUGAAAACCAACAUAUAACGGACUAUGAUAUUGGCGAUCUAGUUCUUCCCGAAAGUGUUGUGUCAAGUUUCGGAGAAGCUGUCUCUGUUCCUGAUAUUAUUGAAAGCACUGUAGGACUGCUGUCUUCUGCUGAUGUCACCCUUCAUCAGCCACAAUUUGGAGACUCAAGUGAAGAUAUUGUGGAUAACGUCCUGAUACAUGAAGAGGCAGCGGAAGGAGAGAGAAGCACUUUCCUAAGGCCAAAACUUGAACCACUUUUAAUAUGUAAACAAGAACCCAUGAAUCCUUCUAGUUCAAUUCCACCAUCAGAACAACCUGACCCGGUGUUGAAUGGCAUUGCUCCUCACGAGCAAUCAACUCUGAAAUCGUGUCUAGCUUCUGAUGUCCAUUUCCCCAGAAGUAAAAGAAAGAGAGGGGAGCGGAAAGCUGGCUCGGUUGUUUGGAACAAGCGUUGCUCAGGCGACACCGAAAGCCAAUGAGCUAGAAAAAGGUUCCUCUAAUCUAUGUAAUGUAUCUGUACAUAGUUUUUUUCAUUCUUUUUUCCUUAACUUCAUGGAAAUGACAAUUUGUUCUCAGGUGAAAAAUAACAUCAGCAUUGUGAAAGUAAGGAGUUAAUUACUUAAUUUAGUCAACUAAUGUAGAUUGUUCCUCGUUAUUAUUGAUGUUGGUGAUAAUGUCAACUGGGAAUGUAAACAACAAGAGCUUAGUGUUAUAAAUAUGUUGUGUCAUUGGAUUCGUUA